GACUGUAACACCAAUGUUGUGGUAUUAUUUGUUGCCUAUAAAUACCAUUCCUAUCCUUCAUCUUCCUCUACAAACAUAACAUGGCCUCCUAUCUCUUUCUCUGCCUAUUAGUCUUCUUUCCCCAUCUUUAUGCUUCUUUUUCUUCUUCAGGAUCUCACUCCUGCUCUUCGCUAAUCCAGUUCAAGAAUUCUUUUUCCAUCACUCAGACAGAUGCUGCUUCUUUUGAUUGCGAUGAUCAAUCUUAUCCCAAGACAGAUUCAUGGAAGGAGGGUACAGAUUGCUGCUCAUGGGAUGGGGUCACUUGUGACCACCUAAAUGCUCAUGUUAUUGCCCUUGACUUGAGCUGCAGUUGGCUAUAUGGCAACUUCCCUUCCAAUACCACUCUCUUCCUUCUUCCUCACCUUCAAAAACUCAACCUUGCCUACAAUGAUUUUAAUCUUUCCAAAAUUCCAUCCGAGUUCGGUCAGUUUACAAGCCUAUUCUACUUCAACCUUUCCCAUACAGGGUUUGCAGGAGAAGUCCCAUCCCAAGUCUCCCACCUGUCAAAAUUGGUUUCACUUGAUCUUUCUGGGAUUGAGGAACAAUUAACAAUUGACAAAUAUGCUCUGGAGGGACUUGUUCACAACCUAACCGAGGUCAGACAUCUGUUUUUGGAUGAAAUCAACAUGUCUUCUGUUAAUGCUCAUGUCUUCAUGAAUCUAUCCUCUUCUCUAAGGUCUCUCAGUCUUGGUGGUUGUGAUUUGCAAGGAAAAUUCCCAAAAAACAUUUUUGAUUUGCCAAACCUCAAUCUCCUCAACUUGCGAAACAACCAAAACCUCAAUCUUGAUCCUUUGAAGUUCAAUCGGAGCAGCAAUCUUGAACAUUUGGAUCUGUCGUGGAUGUCCUUCUCUACAGAAUUCAUUGAUUCAGUUGAUAAUCUACAGGCCUUAAAGUACUUACGUCUAUCAGGAAAUUCUUUCAUUCAAGGAUUGUCUGUCUCAAUCACAAAUUUAUCAUCUUUGGAGCAAUUGAUAAUUUUAGGCGCAAAUUUUUUUGGAGGAUUGCCUGACUCGGUGGGGAAUCUUGUGUCCUUGAAGUUUUUAGGUAUCUCCAAGUCCAACUUAUCAGGACUGAUUCCAAAAUCACUGGGGAACCUCUUGCAACUCACUCGUUUAGACUUGUCGUGGAACCAAUUGAGUGGACAAAUUCCAAGAUCAUUGGGAAACCUCUUGCAACUCACUCAUUUACGCUUGUCGCAGAACCAAUUGAGUGGACAAAUUCCAUUGUCAUUGGGGAACCUCCUGCAACUCACUUCUUUAGACUUCUCGCAGAACCAACUGAGUGGACAAAUUCCAUUGUCAAUUCUAAACCUAACGCAGCUGGAAUUCUUGGAAAUAUCUAAUAAUUCAUUAGAAGGUUCCAUUCCAGAUGAGGUAACCGCUUUUCCUAAUCUAAUACAUUUAGACUUAUCUGACAAUUUACUCAAUGGAACACUUCCGUCAUGGUUGUAUACUGCUCCCUCCUUAGAGGGUAUGGAUCUCUCUCAAAAUCAAUUCAGUGGGCAUAUCAAAGAAUUCCAAUCCAAAUCACUAGAAUAUUUAUAUCUAGGAAAUAAUAAACUCCAAGGUCCUCUUCCAUCUUCAAAAUUCCAACUUCUCAAUCUUAGCUGGCUCGAUUUAUCCUCAAAUAAUCUUAGUGGUGUCAUAGAGUUUCGCAUGUUCUCAAACCUUCCAAAUCUAUAUCAUCUCGACCUUUCAUAUAACAGCCUAUCCUUAACAUCUAAUAGCUUAUUUUUGUCAUCUUGCAAUCUUAGUGAAUUCCCCCAAUUUUUAAAAGGGCUUAAAAGUUUGGAAUGGUUAGACCUCUCUUGCAACAAAAUUGAAGGCAAGAUUCCACAGUGGAUGCAAGAGGUGGGGAAUGGCUCUUUAACUUACUUAAAUGUAUCUCACAACUCUUUGACAGAAGUUGAGCACUUUCCAUGGAAGUAUAUUGAAGUUCUUGACUUAAGCUCCAAUUUGAUCCGUGGAAAUCUUCCGAUUCCAGCUUCGACCAUCAAUGUCUUUUUGAUCUCAAAUAAUAGUUUGAAUGGAGUGGUCUCUUCUUUAAUAUGCAAUGCCACUUAUCUGCAAAUUCUUGAUUUGUCCCACAAUUACUUGAGUGGAACAAUUCCGCAAUGUUUUGGAAAUUUGAGCAACAGCCUUGAAUUCUUGAAUCUGAAGAAGAACAAGUUUUAUGGGACGAUUCCUCCAACAUUUGCAAAGGGAUGCCAACUGAGUAAUCUCAACUUAAAUGGAAAUUUGUUAGAAGGGCCUUUGACACCAUCCAUCCUUAAUUGUAGAGGUCUGGAAGUGCUAGAUCUUGGUAACAACAAGAUCAAUGAUACAUUUCCUCAUUGGUUGGGAAGCCUUCCACAGCUACAAGUUCUUGUAUUGAAGUCAAAUCAUAUGCAUGGUUCCUUAUGUGUCAAUAGCUCCAAGUCUAGCCCUUUUUUCUCUAAAAUCCAAAUUUUUGAUCUCUCAAGUAAUUGUUUUUCUGGGCCCCUACCAGUGAGAUACAUCAACAGCUUCAAGGCUAUCAUAAAUCCAGAGAAGAUUGGGAGUACAAUGUCGUACAUGGGGGUAUAUGCUGAGAGAGCUAGUGGCUUCUAUACCUAUUCCAUUGGAAUUGUUAUGAAAGGACAAGAUAGGGAAUUGGUGAAAAUUUUCACCAUGUGGAUGAUCCUUGAUCUAUCAAACAAUCAGUUUGAAGGGGGUAUUCCAAAGGUUAUUGGGAAACUUAACUUACUGAAAGGGCUCAACCUUUCUCAUAAUAACCUUAAUGGUGGUAUCCCCACCUCAAUAGGGAAUUUGACAAGUCUUGAAUGGUUGGACCUAUCUUCAAACAGGUUGUCUGGGACGAUUCCAAAUAGAUUGGCAGAUCUGCCAUUUCUUUCGUCCUUAAAUGUUUCUGAAAAUCAACUCCAUGGUCAGAUUCCUCAAGGAAAACAAUUCAACACAUUUGGAAAUGAUUCAUAUGAAGCGAAUAAGGGACUCUGUGGGUUUCCGGUCUCGAAAGGUUGCAACAUCAUUGAGCCAGCACCUCCAAAUGUGCUUGAAAAAGAUGGCUCAAAAUCAAACAUUCCUUUUGGUUGGAAAGUGGUGUUGAUAGGUUAUGGAUGCGGAGUGGUGUUCGGAAUGUCCGUGGGAUAUGUUGUUUUCCAAACUGGUAAGCCGAAAUGGUUGGGAAUUUGGUUGAAAACCAACAAGAGAUGAGGCGAAGAAGAAUGUCAAAGAAAGGCCAUCGAAGCAAUAGACGAAGAAGGAUCUAAUUACUGCAAAUGAUGUUCAAGAAUUAGUGUUGCAUUUUCAUAGUUUCUUGUUCUGUAGACCGUUUUGCCUAUGGUGAAGGGUUGCAUUGGUACGUGUCUGUCUUUAUUAUCGUACCAAUUCCUCUGUCUUUCAUUGCAUUUCGUACUAUCUGUAAUGGUUUGUUUGAGUGUAACAUUUUGUAUGGUGGAGUUGUUUAUGUCU